AUGGUGAUACCAUCCAGCCUUGAUGCUAGAUCUAGAUCCGUGAGAUUGGAGGUGAGAAUCAGCUCUGAACAGCUUGAAAUCCAAUGGAACAGUAGCUGUGAUGAAUUCCAGCGUUGGUUUGGCAGAGAGGGAGUAACUCUCGGGUUUGAUGAGACUCAAGGAAUGAUUCAAACCAGCAGGAGUGAAAGUUCUGCUUCCAGCAACGCAUCUGAAGGAAAUAAUCAACCUGCCUUUGGCCAAGGUGUCAUUGAGCAAGACAGACAGGAUGAAAUUAAACCAUUAAAAAAGGAGGAAAUUCACCAGGGAAGUUGUGCUGAGAGCACUCUUAAGACUGAGGUAGGGUCACAAAACAGUAGCCAGAAACCUCCUCCACAUUCCAAGACUGAUUUUUCACAAGGGCAAGUUUCGGUUAAUAAUGGUUCUGACAUUUGUGAGAAAGUUGAAGGUGAUGUGAAGGGAUCAAAUUUGGCUGAUAAAUGUAGUUUGAAAGACCACUUAGAAUUGUAUGUAUCUCCUACACUAAUUAACUCAAAAAGUAAUAUUAAAUCUCCCUUUCAUAGGAAAUCUUCUCCCAGUGCUUCCUUUUUCAGGCGUGGGAAUGUUGUAAAAUUAGGUUCUAGAGAUGAUGACGAAAACUUUUUAAGGUGCAAAAGAGUUUGCACAAAGUCAAAGGCCUUUAGGUCUCCAAGACGCAUUGUGCACCGAAGAAUCAGGAAUUUGAUGUCUUCUAAAUACUGGAAGACUGCUCCAAAGCUGAAAGACUGUGAACUUUCUAGAUAUGAUUUAGGAGUACCUCAUUAUCAUAAGAGGAAGACUUGCUAUGGUUUUGAAAGAAUUCAAAACAACACUUUUAUUAAGAAGAGGAAAAUUGUUGAUCGGGUUUUAGGAGUAACUUCUGAUGGAGGAUUCAGCAGUGAGAGUGUGUCCAAUUCACCUCAAAAAGGGACUGAUGGAGACAAGCCUAGCUCAUCUGCAAAACUGCAUGUAGCUAAGACUAAGGAUUCCCAUGUAAAGUUUAGCAUUAAGUCGAUAAGGAUACCAGAGCUUUAUAUUGAGGUUCCCGAAACUGCAACUGUUGGUUCGCUAAAGAGGACAAUCAUGGAGGCGGUGAUGGCUAUACUUGGAGGGGGUGCACAUGUUGGUGUUCUUCAUCAUGGGAAAAAAGUCAGAGAUGACAGUAGGACACUUGUGCAGAUGGGUAUUUCUUGCAACGAAAAUUUGGAUACCCUGAGUUUCAUGUUGGAGCCGGUUUCUCUUCAAGCUUCUCCAACCAUUUGUGGUGCUGAUCCCUCUUCAUAACAAUGGUUUUAGAUCAUUUCCACCUGGUGGGAUAAUUAAUAGGUUGAACACUCUGCUGGUU